UAACAAACAUAGCGCACUUUACAAAAACUGAUAUAUUGGGAUGUAUCAAUUUCAAGAAUAGUUACGGAAUUAGCCGCAAAGUUAUUCAAAUGAAGCUGUCUGGAUCUAAUAUUGCUUCAGCUACUGAUAUUCGUCACUCUUCACGUGUGAAUUAUAGUCCGGGUACAGGUGAAUACAUUGGUUUAACAAAGCAAUGGGUUAACCAUGUUCCUCUUCAUAAGUCACGAAAUAUAAAUUCUGGAACUGGCCUCAUUCAGAUCUACGACGAGGUGCCUCAAAAAGGAGAGCCGAAUUAUGGCAAUUAUCUUCCGAGUAAAGCAGUCCAAGGCAAAAAUAUUGUACAUACAAAUACCCAUCAGAAUGUUCAUGGAAAAUUCAAAAGUACUUCUCAUGAACAAGUUAAUUCACAAUUACCAAUAAAAACAAAACAUUCACAUACAAAAAAUCAUCGAAAUAUUAAAAAUAAUGAAAAUAAUUAUCAAUGGGUUAUUAAUCCAAUUCAUAAGAAAUCACAACAUGAACUAGAUCAAAUUCCAAUAAUCAAUAAUAAUAAUAUCAGUUAUCAUGAUUAUUCUUUAAAUCGAUUAAAUAUUGAAAAGCAUAAAUCUCGAUCAAAAUCAAAAGUUUUAGAGAAAAGUGAAACAUUAGACAUGGAAACUAGUAAGGAUAUAUUUACUAGAUCAGUUUCUGCGCAUCCAAUUCUAAUGAAUACACCACAAUUACCACCAAAAAUUUAUAAAAGUGUACGAACAAAGUAUUACCAGCCGGAUGCUUAUCAAACGAUUACUAAUCAAUCGAAAUUAUCACUUGUCAAUUCAAGGGAACAUACUUCACCUUUGUACAGUUCAAAUAAUCCCAUAAUUUCAAACAAAAUAUCUUCACAAAUGGAAGUCAAUCAAAUUGAUCACAUUUCGUCUAUCAGUAAUUCUCAUUCAUACGGUAAAGAUAUAAGUUUAAUCAAUGAUACAAAUCGUAAUAAUUCCGAUCAAACUAUUUCACAUUAUUGCGCUCGUCGUAAACAUUGUCGCGUAAGAAAACACAAGGCAUUGGAUGGUAAUGAUAAACGAAAUUUCGACGUAAAAUCAAUGAAAAGUUCUACAUCCGAUAAAACACAUAGUAAUAAACUACGUAACGAUACAACUUCUAAUACAUCAUCCGGCUUUAGCAGUCAUAAUCUUAAUUCUAUUGGAGUUAAUUCAACUGAUAACUUAAACUCAGUUUAUGACAUUUCUAUAAAUCAAACAAUUAAUUCACAUGAAAAUAUUAAUUUUGAGGACAAACAAUCGGGAUAUUAUAAUACGGCUAGAAAUUUAAAUGAAAUGAAAAAGUUAAAAAUAAAUAGUCAGAAAUUUCCUACUCUAUCAAAUCAAAUGGAUAGUAUACCACAAAAUAUCAAUAUGUCAGGAACAUCAUCUAAAAUUAAAUAUCCAAUUUCAAAUGUAACUAUAAAAAAGUCACCUACUGAUAUUCAAUUAUCUAAUCCAUACACCAAAGAGAGAUUAAAUGAACAUCAAUCCAGAUCACAAUAUCCUAUUCAAAUAUAUUUUGAAAAUAACAAUACUACAAAUAAGAAUAGUGUUAUUCAUCAUAUUAAACAUGACAGAAAUGAGAAUGUAGAUAAUUUAUUGAAUAAUGAUUAUGGAUGUGUGGAUAUAUUACCUGGUACAAAUAGAAAAGCUUUACGACGAUCAAAUAGCUCCAGUAAUGCUUUAACGUUUCAUCCGCAACAGUUUACUGUCAAUAGAGUUAACAAUGAACAUGAUGAUUAUUGUUUUACAGGUACAUUACUAACAAAACAUUCACAAAUUCCACCAUUAGCAUUUAAACAGGGAACUAAUAAUAAUGAGAUUAUCACUAAAACCAAUCAUAAUAACAUUGUCAUUAAUAACGAUCAUAAUUUUAGUAAUGAUGGUGGAGUUGAUACAAAAGCAUUUUAUUCAAAAUUAGAUAUUCAUCGAUUGAGAAAUAAUGCUCUAUCACCAACCAAACAAUAUCCAUUGAAUCAAUCAAAUUUUCUUGUACAUCCAACCAUAAAUCAACAGUUUAUUGAUCCAUUUCAAUCGAAAAAAAUGAUUAAUACUGUAAUUAAUGAAAAUACAUUCUGUUUAUUAAAUGCUGAAGAGUUUCGUAAUGAACUUGCAAAAAUUGUAACACCAGGUGAUCCAAGAGCUGAUUUACAUGAAAUAUGUCGAAUCGGCAAAGGCAGUACUGGUGUUGUUUAUUUAAUGCGUCAUUCACCUACUAAACAGUAUGUUGCUGUCAAAAAAAUGAAUAUAUUUAAACAACAAAGGCGUGAAUUACUUUUUAAUGAAGUAAUUAUUAUGCAAAGUUACCCGCAUCCAAAUAUUGUUGAAAUGUUUGGGUCCUAUUUAAUUGGCAAUGAAUUAUGGGUAGCUAUGGAAUAUUUAGAAGGUGGUGCACUAACCAAUAUUGUUACACGAACAUUAAUGUCAGAGAAACAAAUAGCCACCAUCUGUCGUGACGUACUUCGAGCGUUGGCGUUUCUGCAUGACCAUGGUAUCAUUCAUAGAGAUAUCAAAUCCGAUUCUAUUUUAUUGUCAAUCAAUGGACGUGUAAAGCUGUCAGAUUUUGGAUUUUGUGCAAGAGUAAGUUAUAAUAUAAAAGUAUGUAAAUAUGUUGUUUUCAUAUAACUUCUAAAUGCACAAUUUAGGUGUUUAUUUUAUAAUGUUGGAAAACGUUUCCUUUUUACUCCAAUGGAUUUCAAUAUUAUCAUCCGCUUCUUAUCGUGAACAACAAGUCUUUUGACCUUUAUGUGACCAUAUCAAAUCUCAUUUUUAUAUUUAUGCUGAAAUUAACAAGUGUUUUUAUUAUUUUACAUGAGCUAUCCAAAAAAUUACAACUAUUAUCAAAAUCUUUCAAUUAUAACUAAUUUGAAUUGUCCUUACAAAUUAAUCCUACAAAAGGUCAGUAGCGGCCUGAACAACUCAGUUGUGUCGUCUCUGACUUUGAAGCUGGGUUACGCAGGAUCAAAUACCCAACGGAGCAUGAUUUCCCUACAGUUUUCAGGUAAAACUCGCUAGCGAUUACCAAAUAGCAAGAAACAUAGGUCCAGGAUAUCCAGUCAGUUACGUCCAACCACUACGUAGGUUGGUUUGUGAAUGUAGAGUUCGAGUUUUAAUAAACGAUCAAAAGAAUGUAUUAAUUGACUAACCCGAUUUUGUGUAAACACUUUCUGAUGGAAACCAAAUUGUAACACUAUCGUAGAAUAAAAUCAUAAGUAUUCAUUCAUCCAACAGUUAAAUCUCGAAUAGGUGUAAUAUAUCAUGCAAAAAAACAAUGUCGUUUUUAUUUCACUGCUGUACUGAGAAUUUAGAAUCGUUGUAUUUUAUUAAGCAAUGAAGCAAUUGUAAAAUGUUCAUAGGUUAAAUCAUGAAUUAAUCUUUACUAGCACACCAUUGAGAGCCAAAGAUAAUGGACGGUUAUUUCGUCCUAAUGUAACCUUCCUUAGCAAUCCAAUUAUGUAUGUAUUACGGCAAAAUUUACUUAGUCCACUUCAACUAAUCUUUCGUUGUUAUACCAGGUGAAUCAAGUAGGGUGAGCAGAAUUUUUCUAAUAUUUAUGAAUAAACGUUUUGAACCAUGUUUUUGUGUAAAACAAAAUGUUGCGCCCCAGUUGACUGCUUUUAAUUCAAUAAAACACAUCUUAGAAGCCACCCAACCUUUUACAACCGUAAGAAAUACCAUAUUGUUGUAUUUAUGCAAUGUUUGCAAUUUUUCCCAUGUUUAUGUUUAGCUGAUACCGGUAAAUAGCUCUGACCGGCUUCUAAGUAUCUGUUUAUUUUGUAUUUAUAUCAAGAUCUCUCCUGAUCAUCCUCGAAGGCGUAGUCUUGUAGGAACGCCGUAUUGGAUGUCCCCUGAGGUGAUCAGUCGCUUACCUUAUAGCACAUCUGUUGAUGUAUGGUCAAUGGGUGUCUUACUAAUUGAAAUGGUUGACGGCGAACCAACAUUUUUUAACGAACCACCAUUACGAGCAAUGAGAAAUAUUCAAAGAGAUGCUAUUCCCCAUUUAAUGUAUCCUCACAAGGUAUGAAUGGUUUAUGUUUGGCAUUCGGUGCAUAUUUUGAAACUAUUACUGUUUGUUUGUAUCUAUUUAUUACUUACUAUUUGAUUAUUGACCAGUUUACUUAAUAACGAAAAAAAAACAAAAUAAUAUUAUCCUUCACUUGCUCGGGUCAUAAAGCUUUAUUUAAUUCCAAAAUCUUUUUGCAACACAUAGAAGCAUGAAAAAAAGAACUACUUCUCUACUCAACUGUUUAAAUUUAGAACUUCACAUUAUUGCUUAUUCUGGACCGAACACCGUUACAACUAUUACGGAAUAAGGACAUUUUGCGAUGGUGAUUAUCAAUCAAUAUGUUGAAGUACAUUGAUUCAUAUUUUAGCAUGUCCGCUUACCUGGAAUAUAAAGUAGUUCAUAUUGUAUUUUAGUAAUAUGCGAUUCCUAUACAAUCAACAUAGUCAACUAACGAAUCCAUCAUAACUAACUAGCUGAAAAGUUGAGAAAUACAUCCCAACUCUUACCAACGACAAGCACACCAUUGACGUAAUAUCAAAUAAUAUCAAAUUAUGCUAUACUUACAUUGAAUUUAUUAAACUCAACAUAUCUAUAAACGUUCGGUAAUUUUUACUAAUGAAUUAACGAAACAAAUUUAUGCUCGAAUCAUUCCUUUCCAUUUUGUAUCAUCUUUGGUCAUGCCCAUCCAUCUUGCAUAAAUGAUUAUGCUCCUUUUUAUAAUUAUUCUUUUAUUACAUAUAUCUCAUAAUAUAUACAAGAGAUUGUGAAAAAAUAAAUGAACACUUGAAAACUAGGUUUUAAAAGCCUUCUUGUUAAAUCGUGAUAAAAUACUUGUAUGCAUAUUGUGACUGCGGGACACAUCUGUACUUGGUACUUCAUUGUAGUACAACUACUGAUACAGAUUAAAUCAUCUAGGAAACUCAAUUCAUUUCUCGGAUUAAUGUUAGUUCGUGAUCCGUUCAGAAGGGCAACAGCUGCUCAACUUUUACUACAUCCAUUUCUAUUAUUAGCCGGUUCCAGUGAUUGUCUUCUACCAUUAUUAUAUCAGUCGAAUAUUGUCUCAUGAGAUUAGAGAUAAUGUAUGUGAACUCAGUUGAAAACAUUUGGAUACAACGCAAUAAUUAAAUCAAUAUAGCUCCUUCUCAACCAAAUGAUGACUUUACAUGAAUCGAUAACAAGGAAUAAAAUCCUAAUUUUCCUUUUCUUUUUUCCAUCAAUGUAAAAUUAACACACACUAUACUCAUUCUACAAUGAUGAGCAUACACAAAGUAAAUAAAAUGUAAAUUAAAAUUUGUUUAUUUUUGUAAACCAAUUUCUAUAUUCUUUCAAUUAUGAGUUCACAUAUUGUCACUUUCACAAUUUCUCCUAAAUAAAAUAUAAUUAUCAAUGUCAAAUUAUAAAGAAUCUGUGUUUGUCUUAUUUCUAUCUUUUUAAAUGUAAAUGACACAGUUAUCUCAGAUGAACAAAAGAUUUUGUACAAAAUAUGCACACUGUAAUAGAUUACAUUGUAUUAACAAAUAAACUUGACAUUUUUAUGUGAUAUUAACAAUUAACUAUUGUCUAACAAUAAUUUACUUUCUCUUUUUAAAAGAAACAUAAUAAUAAAAGAAGAAUUAAAAACGUGUUCACAAUGUUCAUCAGUCUUUCAUGAUAUUUAAUGGUUUGGUUAUUUUGUUUCUUUUAUAUAGAGUUUAUCAUUUCUUACACACAUAUACACACACAUCUAUUAUGUUUAUCUCUCCGUUCACGUAAUACAUAAUUGCAACAUAGAAAGAAUUUUGAAUUUAUUUUGAAAGAGAAUGUUUUUUUCCGUUUCUUCAUUGUUUCUAUGUGUGUCAAUUAGCUGUGGAAAUUUGACCGAUGAAAUAACUUUAUCACAAUCAUUUUAUUUUGCUCGUUUUAGUUUACGGUUAAGUGUUCGUAUGAUUUUUCAAACCGUCUAAAAGAAAGAAAGAAUGAUUUGCUACAUUUUUGUAUAAAAUUUAUAUCACCAUCAUAAAUACAUACACAAUAUUUUUUUGUUAUUGUACAUAGUUACUAUGCAUAGUUUAUUAUGUUCAGAUUGUUGUCUAAAAUCAUUUUACUCUUUUAUGUGUUGUUUUGUUUAUCUCUUUUUUUUCUUUCUCAAAUUUUGUUUUUCUUCUGAAAUACUUCCUUUUUAAUUAGGGCACUUUGAAUAUGUAAGUUAUGAUGUGAUAAAAUGAAAAUGAAAAGUCUAUUUAAUUUACUUUAUAAAAACGAAUUCAGAUUUUCUUAUUUUUCAAUACCAUAAAAGUAGACUUAUCAUAAAGUUUACUGAAGUGUUAACUGUCAUCUCUUAAAAUCUAAAUAGAAAAGUCUAAUGGUGUUGAAAAUAUACUUGUCCACUCAGCAUUCUUAUUAAAUUUAUAUUUUGAUUUGAUUGAUAAGAUUUACGAAAAGUUAUUUAUUUUCGAAUAUUUUCUACAAUUUUUCAAAAUUGUACAGUCAACUAGUGUCCUCCAGUUAACUAUUAACUUCAUAUACUUUGGCUUGAAAUAGAACUUUAUUGUAUUACCAGAUUCUUGUUUAUUCAUGAAUUUCACUAUGGAAAACGUUUGAAGGUUAGUUAGAAAGCCGAAUACAUUAAUUAUUUACUCCUUAACACAGAGCUUCGUGAACGACGAUAAAAAUGUGUAUGUAUGGGACGCCCAACAUAAAAUUAAACAGACUUGACGAUAUGGAAAUUUAUUUCAUGCGUCC